AGAGCUGGGGCAGGUUGGCGCCAUUCAGAGUGAGGAAGGUUUGCAAUAAUCUGGAGCUGCAACAUUGUAUCACUGAAUAGAUACCCAGCUUGGCAUUAGGUCUGCCAUGCCUAGAAAGCGGAACACAAAGGAGGGCUCACACUCUGACCAGUGGGUGAUGUUGGUACAAGAGUCUGCUAUUGAUGUACCAGACAAGGCUGACUGUGGACCUGUUUUUACGAGACUACGUAAUCCCAAAACAGGCACUGCUGCUUUGUACUUUUUUAAUAGUGGUGCUAGUCAAGUAUAUGAAGUGAAAGCUUUUGAUGAAGAGUAUCGUUCAUGGUUUAUUGGUCAGUCUGUUCAGCAUGAUGGAAGGCUUCUGUUUGUUACUCCCCUGGAUCCAUUAUUUUUGAUACUUCCAUACUUUAUACAGGCCAAUGAGAAGCAAGGAAAGUUUCAGCCAGUGGAUCAGGUAAUAAAGGAUGAAGAUUUUCCCAGGUGCAGCAGCAUAUUGAAUUGUGCAAAGGCUUUGCAAUCACUCCACCACAUCACUGAUGAAAAAGAAAUUUGUAAUCGGAAGUUUUAUAAAUACAAUCAAGAGAAAACACUUGGGUGGCUAAGGAGAAAGGCUGAGCAGACUGUCAAAGCACUGAAGAACACCAGUCUUUCUGUUGGUGGAGGUGUGCAGUCCAGUAUGCUGAUUAGAAAUAAACCAGUUACAGAAGUGACUGAAGAGGACUACUUACGCUAUGCUCAUGGUUUGCUGUCAGAUUAUAUUCCUGCAGAUCUAAGUGUGGAGCUACUUAAGUUCUUGGAGUUACCAGCUGUUUCAACAAAAACGGCAGUGGGUGAGCCACCAUCAAAGGUGGCCACGCAGAGACAUCUUCAAAAGAAAGUGGUUGUGCAAUGCUGAGCUGGAACAUUGAUUCUCAUAUGAUAUAGAAUCUGCAUUGACAAACAUAAAGCAAUGACAGAAUAAUUUCUCUGAUUAAUUUUCAUUUUCAGAGGGAUUUCCUAAAUCUGCUGUUGACUGUCACGUUUCAGUUUUCCCCUCGAUGUUGAAUCAAUUCCUCUGACUUUCUGAAUGAACUACCACCAGGUGUGUGCCAUUGGUUGACCUUAGUACUAUGGAGCAACAGAUAGAGACAGUUUCCAAAUAAUAUUACCUGGGAAAAUAGAUGUUUCCUUUCAGAGAUUCUAAAGGUGCUCUGAAUCCUCAGUUUCAUGGGAACAUAGGAUUGAAUGAGACUGAAAAGAAAUAAUUUCAGACCCUCAGGCAUUCAUCAGAGUUCAAAAACAGAAUGCACAACUCAAAACCAAUGUUUCUCACCCAAUUUUUUGCAUGAAAUGCCUAUCCAAUUAAUUUAUAUCAGCCUUGACAACCUCCCUGGCUUUUUACAUUGAAGUCUACGAAAGCCAGGGAUUUGUCCUGAAUGCUAGGAAGAUGAAGGUCUUCUACUAGCCCACAGGAAAAGCAUCAAAUCCAAAUUCUUCAAAUUGAGAUUCGCGGUGAAGUGUUGGAAGCUACCCCUCACUUGCCAUAUCUUGAAAACUAGCCCAAAUUGAUUGAUUAAGAAGUACAUUGCCAAAUGUUGUUUGCCAACACAGCCUGUGGUAAAUUAUGUACUUGAAUUUUCAAUAGCUGUAGUCAUGGUAUCAAACCCAACACUAAAGUCAAAGUCUUUUGGGCAGCAGCUGUUUCCAUACUCUUCUAUGGUGUUGAGACCUGGACAGUUUGUAAAGUCUGUAUUCUGUGAUUGAACAACAUGAUCAACACUGUAUCAGAAGGAUCCAGAGAAUCAAAUCAGAGAAUGAUAGAAUAAAGAUGAGUGCUGUCCAAGACAUAAACGUGCCAAUUACAAAGACCAUAAUGAUAUCUCACAUGGGACAUGCCACCGAGAUGCCUGACUCAAGGCUGCUCAAAAUAAUGGUGCUCAACUCAGAAUGACAACAGUGAACCCAUUCACACAGUGGACAACAAAAAUAUAUCAAAUACAACCUUGGAACUUCCAUGAAGGUCUACACUAUUAACAUCAACAGAUGGGAAGCAGAUGCCCAAUUACAGCCAAAAUGGGGACCCAUCAUCAAAAAUGGAGCCAAGACUUUUCAAUCAAUCAUAGCAGCCCCUGAGAGAGUGAGACGGAAUCACAGGGCAUUGUUUGAAUCACAAUACCACCUCAACAUGAGGGAUUGCUGUGUCCCACUCCUCUACGUUCAUUCUGUCCAUUCACCUACCCUUUCUGUGCAAAACUUUUCUGAUUUGGCCACUCUACUCCCUCUGGUUAUGCAUCACCAUUUCACACUUCUACAAUACACAUCAGAACAGCCUCUAAUGUGCACCCAUGGUGAACUUACCAGCACAACCUCCCCCCACCACCUUGCCCUUUAUUAAAGAUAGCAGUUUUAUCACCUACACCCCUCCCAUUCAUCUCAGUAACUUGACCCUUGCUCUCAUCUUACAAUCUUCAAUGUUGCCAGGUUUAUAGAAAUUAGGAGCAGGAGUAGGUGAUUUGACCCUGCUCCACCAUUCAGUAUGAUCAUGGCUGAUCCUCUAUCUCAGUAGUAUAUUCUCACUUUCAUCCGAUACCCAUUGAUGCCUUUAAAAUCUAAAUAUUUGUUGUUGCUCUUUCCUAAAUAUAUUUGGUAACUGUUCCUCCACAGCCUUCUGUGGUACAGAACUCCAGAGGUUCACUCUUGAGUGAAUAAAUGUUUCCACAUCUCUGUCCCAAAUGGCCUACCCUGUAUCCUGAGACUAUGUUCCCUGGUCUUAAACAGCCCAACCAGGGAAACAUCCUCCCUGCGUCUAGUCUUUCGACCAUUGUUAGGAUUUUAUAUAUUUUAAUCGGAUCCCCUUUCAUCCUUCAAAUCUCUAAUGAAUUACAGGCCCAGUCCAUCUCCUGUCAUAGUCCUGCCAUCCUCAGUAUGAGCUGAUUAAACCUAUGCCCUACAUGCUCUAUGGCAAAUAUAUCCUUUCAGGGUGAGUUAUAGCCUCUACCAGUAGCCCUGCCUAAAACUGUGUGGAUGCAGUGUUGCAGUAGAAUCCAUAUUAACUUUAGUGAAGAACUGAGUAAACAUUUUUAAAAAGAAAACUCACUUAAGGUGUACAGAGGGACGGUGUUUAUUUGGUUAUAACAGUGACCUCUUUCUAUGCUGUAACAUUUGACAAUUAGUUUUUAGAGAUAUAUUUUUUGUAAAUUCUGACUCACACUUGCUUUCAAUCUAAAUAAAAGCUUUUAAGGUGUUGA